UGAUCUUUGCCUCCUCUGUAUUCAAGAUUGCUUCAUCACCAGGCUGUGGGAUGCCGAGUUUAGGUCGUAGGUGACGCACAUAUCGAUCACGCCAAGAAUGGAAGGAAUGUUUGCCAUACUUUUCUGCAAUGAUUUUGUAAAUCUUGUUGCCAGAGGUAGCGACAUCUGCACGAUGCACGAUACGCCUCAACAAGUCAUCGUCUUCAAGCGUAAAAUCGACACGAUUGCCACGCGAUCCAGUGCCUUUGCUUGGUUGAAUGACAGGUACGUACUGCUGCUGCUGUAUGGCCUGCGGUGUCAAGGACUGCUUGACAAUGCGGUAAUUGCCAAUAUUCUGGAGGUAGCCAUUACUGAUGCUAUCAUCGAUGAAAUUGGGCGAGGUGUAGUCCUUGUCAAAGAAUUGUGGCCUGUUGGGAUCACCGAUCUUGACGGCGCCCGGUACAUGCUCACUGUUGACAAUCUCCCCGCCGCGUGCCUCAAUCUUGUGAGUGAGGGCCGUGCGGCCAGGGAGGGAGCGGGAGAGGUAGAAUUUGAUGGGCUCUCCCUGGUUGUUGUAGAAGAGAUGGGUGGCCUCUUCCUGUUCUGGACUGUGCUCAUGUUGGGAGGACAUGGCUUGCGCGCGCUUCCUUUGUUGUGAUGCGUUCUACGCUUGAGCCUGUUGUCUAAUGGUGAGGGUUAGAGUAGGACGUAGAGUAGGGUCGAUUCGUUGC